AUGGGUUCAGCCACGGUUGACACGGCGCAUUCGCUGACCUACACACAACAGCAAUCGAAAUGCCGUUCCUGGGUGCGUUACAAUUGUUGUCAAUCUCCAGACCGUCUAGAAACCGUGUUCGCUUCGCUACCACUGCGAGGACUUCAGUUCAAACACGCUCGCUUCGACGUGAGAUACUAUGCGUUUCGACUUGGUGGCAAGAAGUUAACUUUGAGUCAAAAUACACCAUAA